AUGAUCGAACACACCAGCGCGUUCUCUUUUUCUGACUUCUAUGAGAGAACUGUCGGCGAAGAAGGCUGGCAACGAGUCUCCGAUGGAGACAUGGAGCACCUAAUGGACGCCCUGUUCGCUGAAAGGUUAUUCGAUCGCAGAAGCAGGCAGUGGAAGGCGCUCAGAAAGAAACCCUUCAUUGAAUACGCUGCAGAUGGCAUGGCAGAUAUCUCGCGUCGCCUAGCAUCCGUCGCACCUACUGUCUGCAAAGCGCACUUUGCCACAGGCAAGCCGACCGCGGAGAUUAUCAAACUGCGUUCAGCGCAUCGGAUCUUUGGACAAGAUGACACCCCACUGGCUUGUGCGGCUAUCGUAAACUACCUCUCUGACCCUACGUAUCAGCGCGAGGCUCGAGCUGGCUCUGCUUACAAUCAUACGCUAUCGAGGGACCAGUCGGGUGGCUCGGACUUGAUCUACUCGGCCGAUGUGGCUGUACUCUGGCAUCUCGAGAGCUUCCAAGAUCGUGAAUCUAUCGAAGAGAACGAAAUGAAGUCCGCGAACGCUGCACGGUACAUGCUCUACAAUGAUGUCCGUCGCACGCACGUCUUCGCUGUCACGAUGGAAGGCACUAGCGCGAGACUUUGGUGUCAUUCGCGUUCGGGCUCUGUCGUCACAUCACGCUUCGACAUACACAAGGACGCUCGAGAGCUCGUUCAAUUCCUUCUCUUCUCCACCUUUGCCACCCCUAGUCAGCUUGGUUUCGAUCCUACCGUCCGUCGCGUGGUAGACAGCUCAGGCAAGCUCCACUACCAGUUUGACGUCCUCUGCUGCGACGGCGCGAUGCACACCUUUCAAUCCGUGAAGAUCGAGCACGAUAGACUCGAGGCACCCCUGCAUAGUCGUGCCACCAGCGUCUUCAAGGUCUUUGACAUAGGUGCUGAGACUGACUCUUACAAGGCGCUUCGCGAUUACUGGCCAUCUGAGGACGACUUUGCAUCGCAGGAAUCAGUCAUCCAACAGGAGGUCCUCGACGCUCUGAAGGCGAGACUACCAAAAGAGGAAUAUGAGAAGUUACGACCCCACUUCAUGACGAUACUCGCUGACGGCCCGGUGCAUCGUCGCUCUGGUUCUCGUGGCGGCGAGUCUGAGCGCGAGACUGGGCUAGAUGAUUCUGCUGAACCUGAGCGCAAGCGCUGUCGGACCGUUUAUGAGGAGCAUUGUCAGGCUCUCUGGUAUGUAGACGAUCCCGCGGUGUUCUUCUUCGCGUUGGCGCAGGUCAUGUACGUCCUGAACAAUCUGCGCCGCGCGGGCUACGUAUACCGCGAUGUUAGCUCGGGAAAUAUCCUGGUGCAGACCCUUGCAUCCGCAACGGACUCCGCGGCUCUUUCCGACUGCUACAUAACGAAGGUCUCCGACCUCGAGUACGCUAAGGCCUACGACCAGCUGACUUUGGAAGAGCCCAGAUUGGGAACGUGUCUUUUCAUGGCGGUUGAGGUGCAGGCUCAAGCGCACCUAUUCUGCGAUCCGGACGACAUGGACCUCGUGGCCAACGGAUAUUUCCACCACAACUUCCUCCACGACGUCGAGUCGGUCAUCUGGAUGGCGCUCUACUUCAUUACUGGACGCUGCAGCCGCGAAGUCUACGAGACCUUGGAAUGGUACGAAUUGCGCGAACACAUCAAGGAAGUCAAGACGUAUGAGAAGCAAAUCCUUCCCUUCGACUCUAACGGCAGUCACGUACGCGAGGAAGUCGUGACUGGGUUGCGUCAACGGCGAAAGCUGCUCUCGCAUCUCAAGCGUCUAUACGGAGACGAUACGCCCUUGACGAAGAUCGUCGAUGCUCUGGACUGCCUCCGCGAUACCUAUCGCGCUGUCGAGAAUGACCGGACGAUCAACUGCGAGCAUAGGACGGCGUGUACCAAAACAGACCCUCUCACACCGCGCUUGCCAGAAUCUGUCUUCGAGAAGAACGCGCAGAUCUACGAGACCCUUCGGGAAAUCUUCGAGGACAUCAGCCAAUACUUCGUGGACACGAAGCACUCGCUCGUCAAGUUCUCUGAUCUCGACUAUCUGACUGGGAAGUUCCUCGUUCAGGAUCGAUACUCAAGCUCGACGGUUUUGAAGGGCGGAAAGGACGCAGCUGCGCCGAACGUUGAGGCGAAUUCGGGGAUGGACGGCGCGUCGGCGAAGGCGAUAAAGAAACGGAAAAGGACAGACGCGAAAGAGGAAGGAACGAGCGCCAAGCGAAUCCACGCGGACCCUUCGACCUUAAUCACUGCAGGCUGUGCCAGCGCGUCGACGCGCAGCAGCAGGGUGACGGCGGUGCGCGGUAGUCGUAGUCGGUAAGGGCGGUGCAAACCCCGUGCGAGAACCCACACGACGAUCGGCAAGGCUCGCAAGUCGGACGCUUCAUGGAGCUUGAAGGAUGGCGUCUUUAACGUCUCGGAAUUCGAGCUUUGGAAGGAAGCGGGACGAAGGAAGGGGCAGCGCCGGCGCGCGAGUGUGAUGAAGGUGGUGAACGUGUAUUUUAUUCAGAAUAGAACAGCUUGAGACAACGAU